CGAGAAGGAGAGCACCAUUCUAUAUCGUUUUGUCCGAAACCAAUGGUUAGCACUGCUGCUACUACUCCACACCUAAAGAUAACGAACGCCGCCGCAUUCGGGUCCCGACGGGUUGCUGGAUCCGGGUCAAGAGUCUGGCCCAGGAUUCACUCGCCCUCCAUGGCGAGCUCCGCUUUUGCUCUAUCCAGCGCCUUUCUUCCUGCCCGCGACAACCUCGUUUUCCUCGGAGGCGGCUCGGCCCGCCGGCGAGCCGUCCGGUUCGACCCACGUGCUGUUUCAAAUGGGCUCGGUCUCCGGAGGCUGCCCACCUCGGAUUUUUGCGUGGCGGCGGCGGCGGGAGCUACCUCGUCAGACCAGCCAAGCUCUUCAGCUCAAGGGAUCGAGAAUGUGGUGAUUAUAGGAUCGGGUCCAGCUGGAUAUACAGCAGCAAUUUAUGCUGCUCGAGCCAAUUUGAAGCCAGUGGUCUUUGAGGGAUAUCAAGCUGGUGGCGUUCCAGGAGGACAAUUGAUGACGACAACAGAAGUCGAGAACUUUCCUGGUUUCCCAGAUGGUAUAACGGGUCCAGAUUUAAUGGACAGAAUGCGACGACAAGCCGAGCGUUGGGGUGCGGAGUUAUAUCAAGAAGAUGUGGAAUUUAUUGAUGUGAAAAACAGACCUUUUACCGUGCAGAGUAGUGAACGCAAGGUGAAAUGCCACAGCAUUAUUUAUGCCACGGGUGCCACCGCAAAGAGGCUGAAAUUGCCUCGAGAAGAUGAGUUUUGGAGUAGAGGAAUAAGCGCUUGUGCAAUAUGUGAUGGGGCUUCUCCACUGUUUAAAGGCCAAGUUCUUGCUGUUGUUGGAGGAGGUGAUACUGCCACAGAGGAAGCUUUGUAUUUGACGAAAUACGCUAGACAUGUCCACUUACUUGUUCGUGAUGAUGGUCGUACUGUCAAUUGGAUUACCCUUAACCUUCGUACUCAUCUUAAUGGCAUGUUUGCUGCUGGCUAUGUGCAGGACCAUGAAUGGAGACAAGCUGUAACUGCAGCUGGAUCGGGAUGCAUUGCGGCUCUAUCACCAGCAACCGAAGAGGUUAAGAAAGAACUUACCGACCGAGACGUACAAGAAGGUUUCGAUAUCACGCUCACCAAGCACAGGGGCCAGUACGCGCUUCGAAAGUUGUAUCAUGAGAGCUCGAGACUUAUUUGUGUGCUAUAUACAGCACCAACAUGCGGUCCUUGUAGAACCUUGAAACCAAUACUUAGCAAGGUCAUAGAUGAAUUCGACCAGAAUGUCCACUUUAUCGAGAUCGAUAUUGAGGAGGAUCCUGAGAUUGCCGAGGCUGCUGGAAUCAUGGGUACACCUUGCGUCCAGUUCUUCAAGAACAAAGAAAUGCUCAGGACUGUUUCGGGUGUCAAAAUGAAGAAAGAGUACCGAGAGUUCAUUGAAGCAAAUAAAUGAUUUUUCGAGGCCACACUUAAUCUCUCUUUCUUUAUGUGCUUUCUUUUCCCUGGGAUUCAAUUUUCAUACUUAAAUUUGGUCAAAGUUUAUUAUGUGUGAGAUGUAUUCUUUGAUAGGCCCUUGUCAGAUUGUAUAUUCAAAAUAG